UUUUUCAUUGGCACUGUCCUGACUGAGUGCUGAGCAAGGAACAACGGUGAAUGAGGGAGAGCAUCAUCCACAGCAGUUGGGCGCAGGACCGAAGCAUGCCCCAGGGCAGCCAUGACUUGCUCGGCUUCAGACAGCGAAAAGAUUGUGAUAAACUGCGGCGGGAUCCGACACGAAACCUACCGGAGCACUUUGAAGACAUUGCCCGGGACGCGUUUGUCUUGGCUGACCGAGCCCGAUGCCUUCAGCAACUUCGAUUACGACCCUAAGUCGGACGAAUUCUUUUUCGACCGCCAUCCAGCUACCUUUGCUUUCAUCCUAAAUUACUACCGCACCGGUAAGCUCCAUUGUCCAAACGAUGUCUGCGGACCAUUAUUUGAAGAGGAGCUCGCCUUUUGGGGCAUUGAUGAGACUGACGUGGAGGCGUGCUGCUGGAUGAACUACAGGCAGCACCGGGACGCAGAGGAAGCCUUGGACAGCUUUGAGACUCCGGAGCCAGACGUACCUGAGGAUGACCCGGCGCUCACCGGCGGAGUGGAUGGAGACCUAAAGCGGCUUUGCAUGCAGGAGGACGGCCGUAAAGCGACUUGGUGGGAAGUAUGGCAGCCCAGAAUGUGGGCGCUGUUCGAGGACCCUUACUCCUCCAAGUACGCCCGGUAUGUGGCCUUGGCCUCGUUGUUUUUCAUCCUUCUCUCGAUCUCCACCUUCUGCUUGGAGACCCAUGAGGUUUUCAACACCAUCUACAACAAAACAGAGAAUGUCACUACUGGCAACGUAACACAUGAGGAGAUUGUAUAUGAAGUUGUGACAGAUGGCUGGCUGACAUAUGUGGAGGGUGUCUGUGUCAUCUGGUUCACCAUUGAGGUAGUGGCCCGGGUCAUCUUUUGCCCUGACAAGGCAGAGUUCUUCCGUAGCACCCUUAACAUCAUAGACUUUGUGGCUAUUGUUCCCUUUUACCUGGAGGUAGCACUUAGUGGCUUAUCCUCUAAAACAGCCAAAGAUGUGUUGAGCUUCCUACGUGUGGUACGUUUUGUCCGUAUUCUGCGUAUAUUCAAGCUAACCCGCCAUUUUGUCGGUUUACGGGUUUUGGGCCACACUUUGCGGGCAAGUACCAAUGAGUUCUUGUUGCUAAUCAUUUUCCUGGCGCUGGGCGUCCUCAUCUUUGCUACUAUGAUCUACUAUGCUGAACGUAUUGGAGCUGACCCGAAGGAUCCAACUGGUGCAGCCCACACCAACUUUAAGAACAUUCCCAUUGGCUUCUGGUGGGCUGUGGUGACAAUGACUACUCUUGGAUAUGGAGAUAUGUACCCGGAAACAUGGUCGGGAAUGCUAGUGGGUGCCCUAUGUGCCUUGGCUGGUGUUCUAACCAUUGCUAUGCCUGUGCCUGUUAUUGUCAACAACUUUGGGAUGUACUACUCGCUGGCCAUGGCAAAGCAGAAGCUUCCAAAGAAAAGGAACAAGCACAUCCCAAGAGCGCCACAGCCAGGAAGUCCUAAUUACUGCAAACCAGAUGCUCUGGCAAUGGCAACUGCUUCUCCACAUAGAUUGAUGGGAAAUGUAAUUGGGCCAGGCUUGGUGGAAUCUGGAAGCAUGAUUGGUACUGGAGACUGUCCAUUGGCACAGGAAGAGAUCAUUGAAAUAAACAGAGCAGACUCUAAGCAGAAUGGUGAUGCAGCUGCCAAUGCAGCAGCUCUGGCCAAUGAGGACUGUCCUACCAUAGACCAGGUUCUUGGAGAUGAGCGUAGUCCAGUCACUGGAGGACUUGGCUCUAACACCAGCCGUGAACGGUACCCACACGACCGUGCCUGCUUUCUUCUGAGUGCUGGGGAGUUUCAGCGAACCACAGACGGGAACGUUCGGAAAGUGCUGAGCUUCUAACUCAACCAACACUUUCCCAUCAUGAAGAGGACAACAGUAAAUAUCUCAUGUGCUGCUGUUCGACUUUUUCCCUAAUAUUUUCAGUGCAGAAACUGAAAAAUGAUCAAGAGGAAAAAACAGAGUUUUACUUCCUCACCACUUCCAUUAUUAUAUUCUACAAAAAAGAGGUAUGAGCCCCUCAAAUCCUUCCACCACUUUUGAAGCAAACGAAGCACAGAAGAAGCUUCACAAAUGACUAUCACGAGAGUUGAGUCUGGAGGUCACUAUUUCCACAGCUCCAUAUAAUUAUUGCUUUACAGAUUACAUAUUUUGUUUGAAGAAACUCCAAUCAUAUCUUUUGGUUUCUCUAUCUGUUAGAUCAGUUCAGCUCUACUGAGGACGAUAAAAGCUGAACUAAGCUUUCUGCUGCUCCUCUCACACUGAUCUGUACUCAGCUACCGGACCUGAAGAAAACACUGAAGUCUAGUAGAUUUCAGAAAAUUCAAGCCAUUUCUCCAAUCUUGCAAUGCAUUUUGAAUGUCUUCUUGACACGUCCCUAAAGUCCUAAUGCUGUCCAUUUUCACCAACUUUGACAGAAUUCAACCAAAGACAGACACUUGGAUGGACAAAUCAGAUGGUACAAGCAGUAGCUCAUUCAAAUUCUCAUGACAAGCAAGAGUUUUUCACUGAGGAUUAAGAUUUAACUGGAUCAUUUUUACUUUUUCCAACAUUAUGAUAUCUUUCCAUGCCGUCUCCACUCUGCAACUCAGCAUUGAAGCUGCUCCUCAUCUCCAGCAAAUGUUGCAUGGCAUGAAUUGAAACAAUUUAAAACAGGAAAAUGCAAUCACAGGAAUGAAUAAAAUCCAGAGAAUAGGUCAGUGGGUGAAAUAUUAUAUAUUUUUCCACUUAGUAAUUUUAGAAAAAAUGCAUAUUUUGCCUUGAACCCCACGACUUGCUGUUAAAAUAAUAAUAAUAAUAAAAAAACAUCCUAUGGAAAACAGCACUUUCUGGAGACAUAAUGAAUGAAGAAGCACUUCUGUGUCCUUUUUCUUUCCAAAUGAAGAGGAACAGCGAUCCUGCAGACCAUGCUCCUCCCAGAAUGUGAAAGAAGAUCAACUUUAAGACAGCAGGUUGUCAGCAAUAUUAGAACAUCUCUGCUCAGCUAUUCUAGGAACAGAAAUGACAAUGACUUUUCAAGACAUUGUUUACCAGCAUGAAUAUUUUGCAUGACUCCUGCAAGCCACUCUGAUCUCUCCUUAUUAAUAAUAAUUCUAAAAAAUUAAGUGUGUUUACUUUAAAGUGUGUUUAAAUUCCACAGACUGUACUGACAAAACAUUCAUUUUUGGAUGUAGUAAGAUCCCUAUGCUCAAAAAAGUCUGUGCUUGCUACAAAAAAGAUAGCUACAUCAUACAUGGAAACCCUUUUUAAAAAUGCAAGUAUAUGUUCUGGUAUAUUAGAACAUUCUAGUACAUUCUUCUGUUAUGCUAUUUCCAAUAUGGCUGCUUUUUUACUUCCUCUGCACAGCAGUUCUUCCUAUUUUUUCUUCUUGUUGCUUUUACUCAAACUUUGAACUAUACAAUGGCAGCUGUGUGUGCCUGUGCCAGUAACCGGAUGCAAACCUAUUAUUUUAAACUAAACUGUGCUAUCACUGAUUCUGAGAGUCUGGGCUGAAAGUGUCUGCUGUCCCUUUAUGUGGAUCUUCCUGUCUGAUCCUGGUGUCUAUGGUAUUAACCUGUUCCAUGCAUUUCCAAAGGGAUUUUUCCCAACACAGCUUUUCUGUUAGUUUAUUUGACUUUAUAACAUGUCUUUGUCAGGAAAUGGGAUAAAUAACUUGAGUACAAUGAUAAUACGAAUGAUAAUAAUAUAUAUUAUGCAAGUUGCAUAAAAAACACCUUAAAUUAAGAAAAAACAAACAGAUGUAGGCAAUAUUUUAGGCAAAUCUAUGUCACAAAGCUGGCUUAGUAUUAACAUUUGAAACUUCUAGUUCAAAUACUUUUCCAGCCCUUCGGUGUUAGUCCCAAAUUACACUGCUGGCCAAAAAAAACAGUCACCUUGUGAAUAUAACUAAGCAGACAUAUAACUUAUGUUUCAGCUGGCAAUAAGUUAUUUAACCCCAACUGGUGCAAUGAGUUGCUUCUCAUUUCAACCCGGAGAGACUCACGCAGAGAAAAACAGCAAUUAGGAAGUUUUUAUUUACUUAAAUGAAUUAAAGUUCCUUGGCACUCGGACCCAGGCAGAAGACAUGGUGCUGUGAAUUGCGAUAAGCUUGAAUGAGCAUUAGCGAUGAUGUUUUGAGAUGUCUUCCGACUUUCUGUACACUGAAAGUCAGAGAAAGGAAGGUAGCCUGAAGGAACCAGGAGCAGAGAAGUGGAGAAAGGGUGGAAGUGGGCUGAGCACGGCUGGAAAGCAGAUGGUAUCAUGGAUAAAGAUCCUUAUAAAUGGAUCUUUAUCCAUGAUACAAGAUCAUGGAUAAAGAUCCAUGAUGAUUGGCUAUGACUGGGCAUGGUCCAAUGCUAAUAGGCUGUGGUGUAUGAACGAUAGCCUAUCAGGUGGAUGACUUGUGUUAUCCAAUCCGUGCGAUUGGGUGACACAGGUGAGGCUGAAGAGUUUUCCUGUUUGAAUUGUCUAAACUUCAUUUCUUAAGCAACCACUUCUAAAGACAUGUCCUGUGAUUGUGGAAAGAUGUUAGUCUGUUUGAGAAGGAUCAAAUCAUCGGUAUGCAUCAAGCAGAGAAAACAUCUGAGGAGAUUUCAGAAACUACUGAAACUAACUAUCCAACGCAUUAUCAAAACCUGGAAGGAAAAUCGGGACCAAUUGUCUUCAAGAAAGACAUGUUGAUGAAAAAAAAUCCUGAAUGAUUGUGAUCGGCAAUCACUUAAAUGUUUUGGUGAAAUCAAUUCAAAGAGAAACAGCAGAACUCCGGCCUAUGUUUAAUAGUGAAAGUGAAAACAUUUCCACAUGCAGAAUGUGAAGGGAACUCAAGGGAUUGGGACUGAACAGCUGCAUAACCUUAAGAAAACCACUGAUCAGUGAAAUUAACAGGAAAAAAACGCUUCAAUCUUUUAGGGACCAUAAAGAUUGGACUCUGGAGCAAUGGAAGGUUGUGUGGUCUGAUGAAUCCAGAUUUACCCAGAGUUCCAGAGUGAUGGGUGCACCAGAAUGAGAAGAGACACAAGUGAAGUGAUUACCCAUCAUGACUCAUGAUCACUGUACAAGCCUGUGGGGGCAGUGCUACGAUCUGGAGUUUAAGCAGUUGGUCAGGUCCAGAUUCAGCAACAGCAUGUGCUCACAGAAUGAGGUCAGCUGACUAUCUGAAUGUGCUGAAUGACCAGGUUAUUCUAUCAACCCUGACAGAAGGGGCGUAUUCCAAGAUAGAUUUAUGGGGGUUGAAUUGUGAAAGACUAGUUCAGAGAGCAUGAGACAUCAUUUUCACACAUAGAUUGGCCACAACAGAGUCCAGACUUAACCCCAUUGAGAUGUGCUGGAGAAGGCUUUGCACAGCGAUCAGAGUCUAUCAUCAUAAAUGUAAGAUCUUGGUGAAACUGGAUAGAAAUAAAUCUUGUCAUAUUCCAGAAGCUUAUCAAAACAAUGCCACAGUGGAUCUGUGCUGUAAUCAAAGCUAAUUUUUCUUGGCCCGGCAGUGUAUAAACUAGGGCCAUUGACUUGUCUAGAUAUCUAUACAUACAAAUGAAAAAAAAAAAAAAAACUUUAAAAAUGAACUCACAACAUUUUGUUACAGAAUGAUUCAAUACACAGAAAAGUACCUCCCAACAUUCAGAGAAACUUCUUUAUUUAUUGUCAAACAAGCAGUCGUAUUGCAGUUAGGUUUCCAUUCAAAUUCAGAUCUUGCUAUUAGGUUUUCCUUGAAAAAGGCAUGAAUUUCCUCAAGCUGUGUAUAACUUACACAAGUGUAACAUAAAUACAUUUUGGAAAUAAGCAACGAGUGCCAAAAACUUAUGUAAUGAUGUCAACUGAAGAAGUUUAGAAUUUUCUGUGCCCAAACAAAAACUCUUUGUCAAGAACUGGGAGUGAAAGAAGUGAAAUGUUUUAGAGGAAGUGGAAGAAUCUUGCUUUGUCUUUUGUUUUGUUACCAGCAGCUCAGAGUGAAAACCAAUUGAUUUGUUUUCGUCAUGUUAGAAAGACAACAGCAUGUUUUCCUGAAAUGUGUUGGAUCUGUGAGCAGCUAAUUCACUCAAGUACAGCAAUUAAUAAGAAAAGAAAUGGUGCAAUAACAAUAGAAGCAGAAAUGUCGAGUAAAAAACAAAACAAAAAAAAAAUCUUGAUAAGUUGAGAGGAUAUUGAUAUGGCCUAACCACAGCAUUUCAUCAACCUUCUGGAUAGAUUGAGAACAAUUUUAUAUCAGACACAUUUAUUUUUGCAAUGAUUUGAUUCUCUAAUUUUACCUGAAGAUGUGUAUAAUGUAUAUGUUUGGUUUGUCUGAGGGAGCUGUAUGUAAGCUGUUCUGGAGUUGUGACUGCAAAUUUAUGGAAAUUUUAAAGUGAAAUAGAGAGUCCAUGUCAACAAUGAGGGUGCAGGGCUACUCAUCUUUUUGCCUUUAGAUAAUGUGUACUUUUAUACUAAGCAUUCUUGUCUACCCAUCAUGGGACUAUUAUUCAUGUCUACUUUAGUCAAAGACUAGUCCUAAUCUACUGUAAGAAAAUGCAAUUAUCUUUCGCAUGAAGCAAUCUAUUUUGAUUUGAUCAAAAUAUUGAAGCAUAAUGAUACUUCACUCAGCAAGCCCAAAUGGGGAUCAGAACUAGGUUUGAUGGAAACAGGGUUUUACUUUAAGUCCUCGGAAAAUCGACAAAUACAUUCAAAUAAAUAUAAAAUUCUCUUUCUAAUUCACCAUAACAGUUAACUACCUAAGAAGUAUAACCUGAGACCCAAUGGUUGUGUAAAUGAGAUGGUGUGCUGAAUGGUAUGUCAGGUGACUGAGUUGGGGCAAAAUGGCAGCUCAUGUGUAUGGAUUGAGGUAUAAAUUGGCAAAGGGGUAAAUUGACCUGGAGCCUGAAAAUUGUCCAAGUUUUUUUUUUUCCCCUCUUUGGUCUUUUAUCAUGUGUAUGCCUUUUAUUUUGCACCAGAUACAUUUUCAAAACAUCUUACCAAAAUGUUCCUCCCCAGCUUCUUGUUUUCCUCUAAGGAUGUUAAGUAAAUAAUGAUUAAAAAUCCCUCAACCGUAAUACACAAGAAAUUAUGUUAAAUAUUUCGUUGCUAAGGGCUAUAGAAGUCUUUCUAGAAUUCUAGUACUUUUGGUAAACUUGCUAUAAAAGUAUUUCCUAAUGUUUUGCAAUUAAAGUUUAUUUAAAAAAAUCUCUGCUUAAAAUAUUUAAAUCAGGGUUGAUUUUGGUUGGGUAAAUAAUAAGAAAACAGUCAUUUGUGACCUUUGUGUAUUUGAAUAACUACAAACCUGCUCAUGCCUCUGCAAGCAAGAUGAAACAUUGAGUUUCAUAAAGACACUGGAAUAAUUCAAGUUUGGAAACUGGAGUUGCAUGAAGGUUUGCAAAAUUGAAACUAUGUCAUAUCUGCUAAAAAUAAACUAACAUUUACUUGCUUCACAACAAGUAUUACUAAAUGAAGUGAUAAAAGAUUGGUUUUGUUGUUAUUUUAUUUUUGCCAUUAUAUUUGCAUAUUUCUUUGUAUUAUGUGGAGGUUAUAACAGAUGGCAUAUUAACUAAAUCAACAGAGAACAACUCUCUCAGGAAUAUUUUGUAUAAAAAUCAGACAUACAAUGUGAAAUAUUAUUAUGCUGCUGUAUAUAUUUUCAAGAUCAUUGACGCUAACUUCAGAUGAAUAUUCUGAUUAUUUCAAACUGUUGAUCUGGAUCCGUCCAACUUUACUUGAAGUCUUGAGGUAGAUAUUUCAGUGGAAACUGUAUCGAGCUGCCCCUUCAGACCGCUCCAAUGUGCUUCACCUUUGAAAGAAUCUAAAAGGAAGUUCCAACCCCUUAUGUUAAAUGUAUCAAGGAAAUGUUUUCAUCUCACAAUACUGUUCUGUAUUUGCUUCAAGCAGAAAAACAUCUGAACAUCGGUGACAUCAUUUUGUUGCAUGUAAUUUUAAAACUGUGAUCACAAAUAGAACGAUAAGUGCAUCUAUAAAGACUUUGAAACAAAAGCAUGCACUGAACAUACUUAAAAGCCUAUGCAAGAACUAAGUUUAGCUUUUGGUUAUUGCUUUCCAAGAAACACCUGGUCAUGUGUCACAAAUGUCUUGGCCAGUUCAGUAAAGUGGAAGAAUUUCAGAUUGUAGCGACUUACGAGUGCAGCCAGCCCUAGCUUCAUUUAUUGUUUUUUGUCAAAAAGUUUUUUCAAAGUUUCAGAAGAUAAAAUCUUUUGAAACUCAGUUGGUUGUAAAAAGAGCCUCACCAUCUGCCAUAUCAGGGGAUGUAAAAGGAAGGCAGAUUUCAGAACAGCAAGUUUGUUUACAAAUUUCUCAUUAUGCAUCUAUUUUGUCCAACUUUCAUUUAGAGAAUAUUUUACAUUUCUGCUUAAUGUGUAAGACUUAUUUGUGUUUUGUUUUAUGUGCGUUAAAGUGUACGUUUGUGCAGAAACAGGAAGUAACCAUUGGGUUGACUUAGCUAAGCCAUGAGCUUUUACUUUGAAGUAACCUAUUAAAUAUGUUUGAUUAUAAUUAUGAUAAUGGAAAAACAUUUAAAUAAUGGAACUCCAUUAUUUCCAAAUCACUGUAAAGUAUUUUUUAUAGUUUAUUCCUCACUUCAAGUGAAUUUACUUUAUGUUUGGUUUUCUGAAGAAAUGUGGUGAAGCUGCCAUAUAGUGUGUGUGACCCAGGCAAGCUCUCUGACAUCCUGAUAAUAAUCUAAUAUAUUAAGUGAUCACUGUUCAUUUAGACUCAGAAUUUCCAAAUCAUAGGUUGAUUGUCAUUGUUCAUUCAACAUAUCUGUGAUAAAAUGGUCUUUUAGUUUUAAAAUUUGCAAUGAGUUUGCGCAGUAAUCUCUCUUCUAUAUGACUACAGGGUGAAGGAAAGGCCAAACUUUUGACCUCAUCCCCUGUCUCUGUCUCUUGCUCCUGAGGAAUAAGUUGCUAAAUUUGAACUUAUUUUCUACAAACUGUUUUAGAUUCAUUCCAAAUGCAUGUGCAGGACACCGACUAAACUGACCUCAAUGUACAUGUUCUUUUGAAAGGAAGUCUUUCCUCUGCUAAUGAAAAAGUUGUUUCUUCUUCUUUUUGCUGUCAGAGGAGAAAGCAAUUUUAUAGAUUAACAGGAGUACACAGUGUCAGAGAAAAGUGUGCAAAUGGAUUGAGCUUCACAAGUUUUGUGGAGAUUUUAACAGCAGAUUGAAAUGGAGCAGAUAUAUGUUUCAGUUUUCAGCAGUGCUUUAAGUGGAACAAAAGACAUGCUGCUAUGUAGAUCUGUCUAUUCACAUAUAGAUCAAAAGUAUUAUUGAACAGAAAUGAGAAAGAUACAAAUUUCAGUGUCAUGGAGCCACUUUUAUUAACUUAAUGCCUGAUGGUUUUAACAUGGACAUAAACAAAUUAAAGAUAUAAAAUAAAAGCUUCUUAAAGACAUACAGAAGUUAAAGAUUUGAGUUUUUACUGUUACGUGGCAUAUGAGAUUUAUACUACCAAUGGAAAAACUAAGACUCAAUUAACGUUUCCAAAAUUCCCACUCCACAGUGGGGUAACAUUUAAAAAUGUGCACCAAUCCAUACUGGCCAACUUAAAGCACUGACUUUCAGAAUACAACUUGACGUAGUCAUGGUAUUUUUUACCUGUUUCCUCCUCCUUGUUUUGACAGCAAUGCUAUUAGAAAUUUUUAAUCAAAUAUAAAUUGGAUAUUCGCCCUGUUGAUUUUGUAAUCACAAUAAAGAGACAGAAAAUAAAUGACGAGAGACUUCCUUCAACCAAUGAAUGAGUUUAUGCAAUAAAGAUGCUGAAUCUGAGUAUAUUGUCAAAACACUCAAGAGAAAAAAAAGGUACUAAGUAUCUUCCACUGUACACAAUGUAUUUUGAUGGAAUGUCAAGCCUGGUAUUUACAUUUUCUAUUUUUAAACAUGUAGAAAUGAAUACACAUGUUGAAAAGACUUAUAUUAAAAAAAAAAAAAAAAAAACGCUAUGCUGUAAAAGAAAA